CAGAUCCAGCCGGCUGUCACUAUCACCGCUGCGGUCCCCCGCGCCGCCUCCACAGGGCCAGCAAGAUGCAGUUCGAGAUGCAGGAGUGCCGCGUGAAAGGCAAAGCCAUGUCCUACCCAGUGACCAGCCAGCCCCAGUGUGCCAACACUUGCUACCAGACACAGGCCAGUGACUGGCACACGGGGCUCACGGACUGCUGCAACGACAUGCCCGUCUGUCUUUGCGGCACGUUUGCGCCCAUGUGCCUGGCCUGUCGCAUCUCCGACGACUUCGGCGAGUGCUGCUGCGCGCCCUACCUGCCCGGCGGCCUGCACUCGCUCCGCACCGGCAUGCGCGAGCGCUACUGCAUCCAGGGAUCCAUCGGGCACGAUUGGGCGGCGCUCACGUUUUGUCUUCCCUGCGCGCUGUGUCAGAUGGCGCGGGAACUGAAGAUCCGAGAAUAAAGGGGCUCCCCCUUCCCCACUUUUCUUUUGGUCCUCUGGCCUCC